AUGAACAAUACCGGAGUCUCCAGUAAAAUUCCACUACCAGAAGGCGUACCUCGCUGUGGCGCUUCACUUCACGAGCUCAACAAAGCAUUAAGGAUUGAACUAAAUGCAAAUGCAAACUGCGUCUGGCAGAUUCAGAGGAAUGAAAAUCAAAUAAUUAGGCUCAUUUUCUCCUAUUUCAAAUUUGCUCCUUCUUCAAGCUGCGAAACAGAAAAUAUUAAAGUGUAUGAUGGUCCCUCAGCUAAUUCGCCUCUCCUUGGACAAGUAUGUAACGACACUAAUGCAGUCCCAGUACUUCAAUCGUCUUCAGACAGUUUAACUUUUCUCAUAACAACAAACUCUGUGGCUUUCACACGAAACUUCUUUGUCUUCUAUUAUUUCUUUUCACCAGAAACAAAAAUUGAAAAUUGUGGGGGACAAUUAACUGGUCCCAAUGGGACAUUUACCAGUCCCAACUACCCAGCAUCUUACCCUGAAUUUACAUACUGCGUCUGGCACUUACAAACAGAAAAAAACUCCAAGAUAAACUUACAGUUUCAGGACUUUUUCCUGGAACUAGACCAAAACUGCCAAUUUGACUUCACAGCAGUCUAUGAUGGCCCCACCACUAACACUGGCUUAAUAGGAAAAGUAUGUGGUCUUGCUAAGACCACAUUUGAAUCUUCUUCAAAUGUUAUGACAGUCGUGCUGUCUACAGACUACGCCAACUCCUACAGAGGGUUUUCCGCUCAGUAUACCAGUGCUCCGCUGCCAGGUCCUGUGGAGCCCGACACAUUCCUUACCUGCUCUUCGGAUAGCAUGAAAAUUGUUCUGAGCAAGUCUUACCUGGCCUCCCUUGGUUAUAAUGAAAAUCACCUGCAGCUGAAUGAUCCAUCUUGCAGUGCAGUUGUAACAGAUGCAGUCAUCUUUUCCUUCCCAUUAGCCAGCUGUGGAACAACUAAAAAGGUAAAGGGUCACAGCAUCACUUACACCAACAUCAUCUCUCUCUCAGCAACCGGCAACAUCAUCACCCGGAAAAAAAACAUACAGAUUAUUGCAAAAUGCAAAAUGGAAAACAAUUCAACCUUAGAAGUCAUUUACAUAACAAAAAAUAAUAUAAUCCAAAACACAACUGCUGUGGGAAAAUACAAUGUUAGCAUGUCAUUCUAUGAUUCAGAUUCAUUCUCCAAGCCUGUACGUCAGUACCCAUAUUACGUAGACUUGAACCAAACUCUUUUUGCUCAAGUCAGUCUUCAUUCCACUGACCCAAAUCUUCUGGUGUUUGUUGAUAGCUGUAUAGCAUCUCCACAACCUGAUUUUGGAUCGCUAACAUAUGACUUAAUCAGAAGUGGCUGCAAUAAAGAUGACACUGUGGUAACCUACCCACCGCUUGAACACUAUGGAAGAUUCAAAUUUAAUGCCUUCAGGUUCCUGCGGAGCUUUCCAUCAGUUUAUCUCCAGUGUGAUAUUUUAAUUUGUGACAGCAACAACGCAAACUCUCGCUGUACCGAAGGCUGUAGCUCCAGGCAGAAAAGAGCUAUUUCUUCAUACACAUGGAAAACUAACACCGUAGUAGGCCCCAUCCGCCUGAAAAGAGAUCUCAGGUCUGCUGAUCACUCAGUAUACUCAUUGUUCUAA